CCUCACCCUGGUUCACUUGCUCAAGAGGCACACGGAGAGACAAGCCUACAGGAUCAAACCUGCCUGGCAUCUACUGAAAGAGGACAGAAAGACAGAGCCCAGGGAUACUGGUUAGACUGGGACACUGGGAACACCACCACUUUAACAAGCACCACUCUGAGACAAAAUGGCGUCCAAGUUAAUGUAUAAUCUGAGCUGUCCGGUCUGCCACGACAUCUUUAAUGAUCCUGUCAUCCUGUCCUGUGGUCACAAUGUCUGUAGAGCGUGUGUGAAGAAGAACAAAAAGAAUAAGAGGGAGUGUCCUGUUUGUAAGUGCAGACACUGGGGUCCGUUAGAUCCUGACUUGCCAUUACAGAUCCAUUGUGAGGAAGAAAAGAGAUCUCCAGAGAAUCUCUGCAGUCUGCACAAUGAGAGACUCAAACUCUUCUGUCUGGACCAUCAGGAGCUGGUGUGUCUCAUUUGCCGAGAUUCAGAAAAGCAUGCCAACCACAGAUUUAAACCCGUUGAUGAAGCUGCUCAACAACACAAGAAGGAACUUCAGGAAACUCUGCAGCCCUUAAUAGAGAAUUUAAGAGUUAAUCAAAGGGCUAACAUCGAGUUUGAUCAAGCUUUUAAUCACAUCGAGGUCCAGGCCCGACACACGGAAAAGCAGAUUAAGGAGCAGUUUGAGAAGCUUCACCAGUUUCUAGCAGAGGAAGAGGAGGAAAGGCUGCGUGUACUGAGGGAGGAAGAAGAGCAGAAAAGGCAGAGGAUGAUGGAGCAGAUAGCAGAGAUAAAAGCUCUUUCACUCACAGUCAGGGCGACAGAGUACGAGCUGAUAGCCCAAGACAUCCCCUUCCUGAAAAACUACAAGGCUGCAGUGGAAAGAGUCCAGAAGUGCCCCCUGCUAGAGGAUCCACAGCUGCCCUCAGGAGCUCUGAUAGACCAGGCCAAACACCUGGGCAACCUGGGCUUCAACAUCUGGAACAAGAUGAAGGACCUGGUUUCCUACAAGCCCAUCAUUCUAGACCCAAACACUGCUGGACGAAACCUCAUCCUGUCUGAGGAUUUGACCACUGUGGAAACAGGAGAAUGGCAGCGACUUCCUGAUAAUCCAGAGAGAUUUUAUAACUGCUCUGUCCUGGGCUCAGAGGGCUUUAACUCAGGGACUCACAGCUGGGACAUUGAGGUUAGAAACCAUGUAGACUGGGCACUGGGUGUUUCAGCAGAGUCUGCUGAGAGGAAGGGAAAGACAUGGUCUGGUUUCUGGGGAAUAGGGUUGGCUGAUGGAUACCAGGCACUCUCACCACCAUAUGAAUUCACUGUUCUCUCGGUGAAGACAUAUCCAAGAAGGAUCAGAGUGAAUCUGGACUAUGACAGAGGAGAGCUGUCGUUCUCUGAUCCUGAUGCUAACACACACAUCCAUACCUUUAAACACACUUUCACAGAGAGGAUGUUUCCACUCAUUAACAAUAUGGGUGCAAUCUUCCUGAAGAUUUUACCAGAGAAGGUCUCUGUGACUGUGGAGCCAAAAUAAACCACGAUGAUGAAGAGCAUCACUCUCGUUAUUUUCAGAUGUUCUCAUCUUAAUGUCAGCCUGCUGGUUGUCGUUAACACAGAGUUGAGAUCAACAGAAGAAAACAUCAGAUUUGAUCUAAAAGAAACUUCCAGUCAUUUUUUCUCUCUGUUUUGUUUAAAGUUGCAAAAAUGUUUAAAUGAAAAAUCAAAGAUAUUCAAAGAGCACUGAGGAAGCUUUGACAAUUAAAACAAAUCACAUUUAUUCCUUUUAUAUCAUUUCCUUCUUUUUUUUCAUUUGGUGACUUAUUAUCUGUUUAGCUACAAUCUUUAAAUAUCGAUCAGUUUAAAUGUACAGGCUUUGAUUCACUAUCUUUAAUGGAUUUCAAAAAACAAGAAAAUAUUUGUUUUUGACAAUUCAGUUUAUUUUUUGUUUCAUUAUGUUUAGUUUUACUUAAAAGUGUCCUUAAUGUUUCUUUUUCAUCUGUUUAAAUGAAGGUAUUGAUUAAAAUGCUUCAUGCUGAAACUUUGUGCACAGUGCAGAGAGGGAAAGAGGAAGAGUUUCUAUGUUCUCAACACAUGAGGAGACUUUUUCACAAACCCUUUAGGAAACUCCUUUUUACAUAUAAAUGCACUAUAAUUAUAAGGAUUUUUUUAGUCUGUAUAAAUCCAAUACCUACUCAAGUGUCUUGGUUAAAAAUGCUGUGUGAAGUUUUAUGAAUUAUCUUGUGUGUGCUUUGUUAAACAUGUAUAGUUUCAGUAUAUUUUGACAAUAAAAUGUUCAUGAGGGUUUAGCAGCUUUGUGAUCUAUAGGAAAAUAAAACGUGUAAAAGCA